CGGGGAUGCGUCUUUCCUGGGCCCCGCUCGGUCGGGCUACCAUGGCGUUUGGAAAGAGUCACCGGGAUCCGUUUGCGACCUCCGUGGGCCACCUUAUAGAAAAGGCUACGUUUGCGGGCGUGCAGACUGAAGACUGGGGCCAGUUCUUGCACAUUUGUGACAUAAUCAACACCGCCAGCGAUGGGCCAAAGGAUGCCGUAAAAGCUUUAAAGAAAAGGAUUUCCAAAAACUACAAUCAUAAAGAAAUCGAACUUACUUUGUCGCUUAUUGACAUGUGCAUGCAGAACUGUGGUCCAAGUUUCCAAUCUCUGAUUGUGAAGAAGGAGUUUGUUAAAGAUAGCCUAGUUAAGCUGCUGCAACCCAGAUACACCUUGCCACUAAACAUUCAGAAUAGAAUUUUGAAUUUCAUUAAGACUUGGUCUCAGGGUUUCCCAGGAGGUGUGGAUGUAAGUGAGGUGAAGGACGUGUACCUUGACCUGCUUAAGAAAGGUGUUCACUUUCCUCCCUCAGAGGCAGAGGCGGAAGCAGCAGAACAAGAGACUGCUCAAGUCUCAUCAAAUCCACCCACAUCUGUUCCUACUGCACCGGCUCUUUCUUCCGUAAUUGCUCCCAAGAAUUCGACUAUUACAUUGGUCCCAGAACAGAUUGGCAAGUUGCACAGUGAGCUGGACAUGGUGAAGAUGAAUGUGAAAGUGAUGUCCGCCAUCCUGAUGGAGAAUAUUCCUGGAUCUGAGAACCCUGAAGACAUGGAGCUUCUGCAGAAACUUUACAAGACGGGUCGGGAGAUGCAGGAGCGAAUCAUGGACCUGCUCGUGGUGGUGGAGAAUGAAGACGUAACUAUUGAGCUCAUCCAAGUGAACGAGGAUCUGAAUAAUGCCAUCCUUGGCUAUGAGAGGUUUACUCGAAACCAACAAAGGAUUUUGGAGCAAAAUAAUCAGAGAGAAGACACCAAUGCUGCCACGGAACCCUCUGCCCCAUCCUGUGACCUUCUUGACCUAAGCCCCAGCACUCCGAAUCAUAGGGCUACUCUGGAGGAGGUCAAUGCCAUGAAUGCUGAGCUUUCACACUUAAGUAAGCAAGCAUGUGGGCCUUUUAGGCCAGGAGAAGAGCUGAAGGUGAAACAGACCUCCUUGGGUAAUCAUGCUGUGUUAUCACACUAUCCUAGGUUUGCCCAACGGACCAGCCAAAACCCCGACGCAAGCCAUACAUACGAGAGUCUUCCAGUAUAUCAAAAUUCAGUGUUACUACAGCCGGUGAGUCUACACACCGCUCCGGCCACACCUUCAAACCAGACACUGCCAGCCUUGCCCGCCAACCACCCAGCGAUGACAAAGAAUGAUCUCCAGCAACCCAAUUACUACGAGGUAAUGGAGUUUGAUCCCUUAGCUCCUGCUGUCACGACAGAAGCUAUUUAUGAAGAAAUUGAUGUUCAUCACCGCAAAGGCACUCAAAAUCAUAGUGACUGUUAAGGUGAAAAGGAAGGACCAGCUCACUAGCUGCAUUAGGGGUAACAACUCCAAGAGGUAGACUGCCCAACUGUGAGGCCCAGAAGACAAAUCUACCAACACUUUAAAACCAGGGUGGAACACUUCUCCUUGGCAACAGUGAAAUUUAAACAAAAGAGUAACAGUUCAAGUUUUAUCUCAAAAAAACUUGCUUUUAACAUUUUUCACUUAAAACUCCAACAGAAGAAAAAAUUCAUUGUACUGGGGCCAAUCAGGUUAACUGGAGCAUCUCAGGCGUUCCUACAUUUAGAAAUCAUCACAUGGCUGUGAUGAGAGUAGAUGGAUAUUAUUUUAUUACAAAAUAAUUCUGAAUACAUGUAAGCACAAAAUGUAAGAAACUAAAUAUAGUAUUCAGGAGAAUAGUGAGUGCCUUCAUUUAACUAAAGCCGAAUAUGUGCACUUUUUUAUAAAUAAUAUUCUUGUUUAGAAUUAUGAAUUGUAAAAACCUUAAUAUUGUAGUUCCUAUUUCAUGUAUCCUGAAGAGGUCACACAGGAUGCUACAUCAAGUUGCCUUUAAAUACAAUUCUUUAUAAUACUAAAUGUUCUCUCUUUUUUUUAUUGCAAUUUAAAUUUUUUUUGAAACGACUACUGGAAAAUAUUCAGAAUAAAUUAUACAUUCAUUUGUAUUGUAAACUACAAUGACAAAUAAAUUACUAUUAAAACAA